UCGAGUCGAUUCUAAUUUCGUGAUAAAAUUUUCAAGGCGGAAAAGACGGUGCGCAGCCACACAGCCUCAUUCCGUCCCCUUCCUACGGGGAGGGAAGAUAGUGAGAGGGGAGAAAAUGAGACAAUAAAGAGAAAAGGCAGAGGGAGGAGGAAGAGGAGGAAGAGGGGGGCUCAUAAAAAGUUGCCAAAUGGAGAUAUUGGAUUUCAAGAAGGGAGACAGAGGAGCCGCGAUCACCUCGGGAUUCCAGCCGCCUCGGCGACACGCAAAUCCAAAUAAAUAUUUAUGGUUAUGCUCUAUUUUUACAAGUCCGUCGCGGAUGGGGUGGGAGGGAAGCAGAGGCAUCGAACGCAGGGGCGCCGGCCGGCCGGCUGUCUGAGGAGCGGGGCGGGCAGGAGAGGCGAGCGAAGCCGCUAUCAGAGCGGAGCCCGCGGCGGUAACGGGCCCGCAUCCCCUCGCCGAAAACCUCCCUCCCGCUUUAACAGGACGGGAGAAAGAGAACCCGUACCGUCCCCUUGGCAGAGCACCACGAUUAGCUUUGGGCAGGGAGGGGUAGGGGGGGAGAAAGGACCCGCACGGCGGAGGCGGGGGACGGGACGCUUCUGUCCGCCAGCUCGGCUCCGGUGCGGACGCGGGUGUCCGGGCGUGGAGGGUAGCGAAGGUCGCCCAGAAGAGAGGCGCCCCACGUCGUACAUAAAGAGGCGUUUCAGCGUUUUAAUGCCCCAGCCCACCUGGAUCUCCGCAUACGGGAUAAAAUUCAAUAACUCCAAUUCGGAGAAGAAUAACGCGGCUAAGAAUGAGGCUUCGCCUUAGUCUGUUAGCAUACCUGCUAAGUCAGCUAGCUGCAGGCUUUUACUGCCACUCUCUUCCGCGAAAUGAUCAGCUGACACUUUAAAUGUUAUGUCCAGUAUCAGAUAUCGCUUUAAAGUUACCCUGUGCCGAAUCCCCUCUCAUUUUUACAUGUUUUUGUUCCGACCGAAGCGAGCUGGCUGCUACCCGCUGUCUCAGACUCCAUGCUCGCUCUCCGGUAAUGUGCAUAUUCCCUUUUGCCUUUAUAAUAAAGGUGUCAGGUUUUCUUUUUCCACCCCCCACAUGACGGAAAGGUGACUAAACUGUCCACAUAUAUGGAAUCAUGUUGAAAAAAGGAGUCGACUCAUCUGGGUAAUCAUGGUUCCCACCUUUGGAUUCUGUGGGUCCUUUAACGCAAUUACCUGCCUUGUCCCAGUUUUCCCGGUUUCUGUUAUUAAUUAAUUAUUAGAUUAUUUGGUACAGAAACAUUGCCACACGUUUUUGGAGUGAACCUACGGUGAUACGUGGGUCUUUCACAGCAAGCAGAGUUACCCCACCAGCAAAUACCAGUGAACUAGGACUCCUGGUGUACUCCUGCUGCCAGCCCCCCUCCCCCCAAAAGUCCCCACAUGGCUUACUCUGGUUUUUGGCACACCUUUAAACAGUGUCCCUAAUCAGUCUUGCAUACAGGAAAACUCCCCACCUGUCAUGUUGUCACCCCCAGUUUUCUGUGCUGAGUCUCCAUCCCCAUGAUUUGCUAACGCACGCUCGUUUUCACGGUACAUCUUGUCAGGGGUGCUGUGUGGCUCCCUUGGUUAGGAAUCUGGCCAGCAGAAAGAACUCGGAGUCACGAUACCAUUGGGACCUUGGACUGAGCCCUUAUCCUAACUGCCCGAGAGCUGCUGGAUGCCAUGUGCUCCAAGAUUUCCUCCUGUAUACGUUGUUUUGGACAAAAACUGGGUCCCAGGAGUUCAAGGUUGCUGUAUGGAUCACACCAUGCUCACCCUAGAAAUCCUGUGAGGGGCCACUGGCUGCCCCCACAACCCCCCCCCCCCCCCCAUUUUAAGUGAACUCCAGAUGAUCUGAUGGCCAGUGAAGAAAGACAGUUUUUAUUUAUCUUCUUGCGCAGGUGUCAUGGAUGAUGAAGAUGACCACCUGCUAGAUAUUAUUGGAGACGCACAUGCCCUGGACAGCUAUCUCCAUGGAUCCAGCAGCAAAUUGGGCGACCUGGACAUAAAGGAGGAUGGGAGUCCCCUGGGCAUGGCUGACGGGGCGGAGCUGCAUGAUUCCAGCACCCUGCAGUUCAUUGAUGAUCUGGGCGGGGCCUCGCCGUCAGGGGCGGAGCUUGGGGAUGAGCAGCCCUUCGACAUCCUCCAGAAGUCUUUGCUGGAGGCUGACAUCACAGAACAGACACUGGCCCAGGAGGCACUGCUGGAGUCCUCAGCUGGUCCCACAGCCUUCCCCCAGAUGUCAGCGUCAGGGGGCAGGUUCGAGGGCGUGGCAGGGGCGGGGCUGUCCUUCCCAGGCGGCAUCCAGCCCCAGACCUUCGUUCAGCAGUCUCUGCACAAUGGCUCUCUUCCUGGGCAAGUUCAGCUUCUUGGGGCUUUCGAUAGCACCUCUUCAGUAAUGACCACGCCCCCAGGGGGCGGUGUGCAGGGUGCAGUGUUCACCCCUACCCCUCUGGGGACAUCCACCCCCCUUCAGAACAUAAUCAUCCAGAGGGGGCCCCCUGCCCAGGCCGUGGUCAGGCCCAUUCAGCCCAGGCCCCUUUCCGCUGGAGGCCAGACUGUCUACAGCCUGGGUGUGCAGCUUCCUGGUCCCGUCUGCUCGCCUCAGCCUGACCACAAGGCCAAGGUUGUUAGCCAUGCCGGCAGCAUUGUGAUCCAGCAGCCACAGUCGCAGCAGCCCGGCCUCUCGGCAGGGCAGAUCCUCACCCUCACCUCAGCUCCCUCGGUGCUAAAUGGUCCGGCGCUACAGACUGCCAAUCUUGCCGGAGCGGGCCCCGCCUACUCCAUAUUGACCAAUCAGAGUGGGACGGCUGUGCAGCUGGUAGCAGGGCAGGGCUUUUCAGGUGGGGGUCAGCUGAUUGUGAACCAGGGCUUGAUCGGCGGCCAAGUUCCUCAAGCCGCCCCUGCUGUGGUGCAGGUAGCUCAGGCACUGGGGGCCACCUCCAAAUCCUGGGCCCCCAGUCUCACCUCUGCCCCUGGUCCUACCCAGGGCACCCUGGUCACUUCGGCCGGGGCCGCUCCCUGUGACUAUGCCAAUCAGUUGGCAGGAGGAGGGGCUCCCGUGCUCCAGGCUCAGCAGCAGGUCUCAGUCAACCUUGAACAGCAUUUUCUGGUCCCCCUGGCACAGGGCGCUACCUCCUCCAUACACAUGGGGGCGCCAGAGCAGUCGAUUGAGAUGCAGGCCUUCGUUGUGGUCCAGGACUCUUCAUCAGCAGUGGAACAGGGCUUCCAGCAGGCAGUUAAAGCUGGGAAACCUUCACAUGCCACCAGCCAAGUCGAACUGCAGACCACACAGCCCAUCUUCCGGGAGACUUCAGUCCCACAGCCGCUCUCUAAGGGAGACCUGGUCCUUCAGCGGCUGCAGCUGGACCAGGCCCGGGUUUUGUCCGCAGACACGUCCCCUUUCACCUCACCGGAGGACGCCGUCCGCCGGCUCCUGCCUUACCACGUGCUCCAGGGGGCGCUGUCGAGUGACGCCGACCUGCUGAAAGUGGACAUGGAGUUCGAGUCUGCAGCUUGUAGCGUUCUGAACAGAACACGAGAGAUGCUGAGCAAGUACCGGCAUCUCCUGCUGGUGGAGGCAGAGCGAACCAGUCCCUCGUCAGAGACUGUGAUGAUCUGUCGGACUUUUAACCAGGAGGAGAGUCAGGAGCUGACGCAGGACAAGCGGCUAGCUCUGGUGGACCCCGAGGGCUUCCUGGAGGACUUCUGCUGUGUGCCGAAGCCGGCAGCUUUUCCCAGCCCCCUGCACCGGGCAGAGCUGGCUGGAGAGGUCUCCCCUGCGGUUAGGAACAGCCCGGACAUGAACGCAUCUCCAGAGAGCUCCUUCAGCGUCUGUGACGACGAGUACAGCAGUUUCCAGACAUCACUACAGUACCAUUCAGAAUUCAGUGCGCCUCUACAGGGGCGGGGCUUGGAGAGGCCCCUCCCCUUCGAGCAAAGCCGGUCGCCAUUGGCUGACGCAGACUCUGUCCUGGAAGCGGCUGUAAAUAGCAUACUGGAAUGUUAGGAGGCGUCGCGCCCCACAACCCUGGCGCAGCAAGAGCAGGAUGUCUGCACCAGCACGUUGCUCCGUGUAAGCGAUCUUCUCCAUUUUCCCGUCCUCUGCAAAGAACGCUUCCACGUUCCAGCUGUCCUGCGCAGCGGUGACCAGCUGGCAGGCAGGUACUCCAGGCCUGGCUGGGGGAUUUUGGUCGGGGGAGGCGUCUUGGGUGUUCAGCCACACUCAGAUCAUUUCACCGUCCUCUGUGCCUUUCACUGCUCACUGCACACUGCAGCGAGAGCCUGCAGCUCCUCUCUUCCUUUUAUUGUAUUUUAUUAUAUUAUUAAAUAGUACUUUGUGAUGCUUUUAUUCUGCCAGGAUUUUAGUGACCCUGUUGUCACUAAAGUGUUUUUUUUUUCUUCUUUUUUUACAUGAACAUUCAGUGCCCCAGACUGGGGUUGUCAGGCUGUGGAAAGUUACCCCUUCGUGUAUGUUGUUGCUUGAGAAGCGGCCAGCGGUUUGCCAGCCUGCCGAUUGCUGUAGCGCGGCUCUGCUCAUCUCACACUGCAGUGGAUACAAAGAGACGGCUGGCUGUUCGCUCGGCUGUGGCAGAUCAGUGCAGAGUGUGAUUCCUUGUGAAACAUGGCCUUCAGAUGUGAUUUGACUCCCCUGGCUUUUUAAUGCAGGCUCCCCCAGUGUAUUCCUUCCAGUUUCCUGCGGAGGGCAGACCUGAGCUGCAGUAGUAGGAUGCGUAGUCUUUCGGCUUACUGUUACUGAGUGACUGACUAAUGUUGUGCUCUCCUGAUGCUCAUGCUAGACACUGCUCUUUACUUACCUGUAAAACUGUGUCCUUUUAUAAGACAGCGUGCAGUAAACCAUCGUUUAGAUAAGUCAUUGAACUUUUAUUUUGCAACCAUGUUUAACAGCGUGCAGCUGGGCUCUCUCAUGAGCACGGAAGCAGUGUAUGCUGGGAAGGGAAGUGACUUUCGGCGGAUUAUUUGGACAGCUUGCCAGAAACACUUUUUAAUUUUUUUUAACUCAUUGAAAGACAAAUGUAAAUGUAUGGAGAUGCUGGAAAGGAGGAAACGGUGAAACUGGGACAGAGAUGUGACUGGGCAUGAUGGGGGGGGGGGUUCAAUGGCUGCUGCCCAUUUCUGUGUGCUUGGAUGUUUCUGCACUUCUGCUUCAUGUGGGGCCGCUGGCAAAACCUCAGCAGUCCGUCUGUGAGAUUCACACCAUUCGUGAGUCUCGCUCCCUGCGAAAUAAGUGAUAUUCUGAAAGGCUGAGGAGAGACCAGGACCCAAAUAUGAAAGCUCACGUCACCUUCCAGACGUUCCGAGUGGCGGCUUUUCUGCAUUCUCCGUGUUAUUCCUCAGACUGCCUUCCGAUGUGAGAAUGUUAAUCGUUUCCAUCAUCAUCAUCAUCAUCAUCACGCUACUUUUUAUUUUUGAUUUUUCUACCAUUUGUAUAAACUAAGUACCUCUGAACCUUGAUUUUUGUAUAGUUUUUGUAUAAAUAUUGGAGAAUCACAAAGUAUUAAAUAUUUGUAAUUUUUUGUAAAAAAUAAUACCAAUGGUAAAGCGGCGAGGCAGUUAUUUUUUAUUAUUAAGUUGGAAGUGCUCUAGAAAUCAGAAUCUUAUGAUGCUGUCAUUUAUUCUUGGUUUCUAUGUGGUUUUGUGUGGAUAUUCGGUACAACAGCUGAAAAUGUGAAAAAACAGCAUUAAAAUCAUUUUCAAGUAA